AACCUCAGCCUUUAUGUAUAUAUACCACCAAAUCCAAACGACGUUGUAUUAAACAACGAAACAAAGCAACAAAAACAGAGGAGGGGAAGAAGAAGGAGAAUAAGCAAAACCAAAAGAGUCGAGUGAGAGAGCAGCAUCCUACCCCAUUAAGAUGAGGUUCUCCUUUCCGUCUCUUGGCUACCAUAAUCUUCUUCUCUUUCUUCUUGUUCUUGUCCUUUUUCUGGGAUCGCCUCCGGUUGUUCAGUCCGGUAGUCAUGACUAUCAGGACGCAUUAUCCAAGUGUAUCUUGUUCUUUGAGGGACAAAGGUCCGGUAAGCUUCCGGCGGACCAGAGGGUCUCAUGGCGGGCAGAUUCUGGCCUAGGCGAUGGUUCGGCGAAUGGGGUGGACUUGACUGGCGGGUACUACGACGCCGGAGAUAACAUCAAAUUCGGUUUCCCCAUGGCUUUCACCACCACAAUGCUAGCAUGGAGCGUCAUCGAGUUCGGAGACAUGAUGCCCCCCGCCGAGCUAAGGAAUGCUCUGGCUGCAAUCCGAUGGGCCACGGAUUACCUUCUCAAGACCAUCUCGCAACCUGACCGGAUCUUCGUUCAGGUGGGGGAUCCGCUCGUGGAUCAUAACUGCUGGGAAAGACCGGAGGACAUGGACACGGCUCGAACUGUCUACAGUGUCGAUUCGGUAAACCCUGGUUCGGAUGUGGCGGGUGAGACUGCCGCAGCUCUGGCCGCCUCUUCCAUGGCGUUCCGGUCAUCUGACCCUGCUUACGCCGAGACGCUCUUGAGGAAUGCCAUCAGAGUCUUUGAAUUCGCAGACAACUACAAGGGAGCUUACAGUGACAACGAGAAUAUUCGAUCCGGGGUCUGCCCCUUCUACUGCGACUUCGAUGGAUAUCAGGAUGAAUUGCUGUGGGGAGCAGCGUGGCUGAGGAGAGCCUCUCAAAGUGAUUCCUAUCUCAACUACAUAACCAACAAUGGCAAGACCCUCGGCGCUGAGGACAAUAUCAACGAGUUCGGGUGGGACAACAAGCACGCUGGCCUUAAUGUGCUCGUGUCCAAGGAAUUCCUUGAAGGGAGCGCAUACUCUCUUCAAUCAUACAAGGUAUCCGCAGACAGUUUCAUGUGCACGCUCAUACCGGAGUCAUCGUCGUCGCACAUCCAAUACACUCCAGGUGGGCUCAUCUACAAGCCUGGAGGGAGCAACAUGCAGCACGUGACCUCCAUCGCUUUCCUCCUCCUCGUCUACGCUAAUUACCUGUCCCGAACAUCACAGACCGUUAAUUGCGGGAGUAUAUCCGUCGGGCCCACUUCUCUCCACCAGCAGGCCAAGAAGCAGGUUGAUUACAUACUAGGUGAUAACCCGAUGGGCAUGUCGUACAUGGUAGGGUACGGCGACAAGUACCCGCAACGUAUCCAUCAUCGCGGCUCAUCGUUACCGUCCGUGAGGGAUCAUCCUGAGUUCAUCGCGUGUAAGGAGGGAUCCGUCUACUUCAAUUCGACCAACCCAAACCCGAACGUUCUCGUAGGCGGCGUGGUAGGGGGACCCGGAGAAGAUGACGUCUAUGAAGAUGAUCGGGCUGAUUUCCGAAAGUCCGAACCGACUACCUACAUCAACGCUCCAUUGGUGGGGGUGCUCGCUUACUUUGUUGCUAACCCGAAUUAAAGUGCCUGGUCUAUACUUUAUAGUCUACAUUAAUGUACAUAGCUGAUCAAAUCGGACAGAAAAGCACAGCAAAGAGAGAAGAAUAAAAAGAAGUCAGAAGACAGUCUCUCAUCUUGUGAGAAACAAAGAAGGAAGAGGCUUGUUACGUUAGCGGAAGUGGAAACCGACAUGCAUGUAUAACUUACAAAAUAUAUGUUAUUGGUUGUUUGGUUGGUUGGUUGGAAGAAAAAAACAUUAAAGAAAAAAAAAAAAGAAACAGAGAGUUACAAAGGUUUGUUGUGACUUGUGAGUGAAAAGGGAGGUUGGGUUGUCAAAUGCCGGAUAUACCCUUGGUGUCAUUUGGGGUAUUAUAAUUUUGUGCAGUUUUUAUGUGAUUAAUAGAAAGGCUGUUUGUGUCA